AUGUCUUCUACAAACGCGCCCUUUCUUUUUUUUUUUUCUCUCCCUCAAAGCCGCCAUUUCUCCUUUCAUUUUUCUCUUUCUUCUCUUCAUCCAGUACAUCACGUUUUAACGACCAACUACAACACUACAACAUUUUUCGUGGCCGUCCUGCACUCUUUGCCUCUCUUAAUUAAGUGGUCGCUUGUUUUUUGUUCACACUUUAUCCUUAAAGAUGCAAAGAAAGAUUAUUGGCAGCGUCUGAGUCCGGCUUUUGUUUUAUACCGAUUACUGACGGCUUUUUUCACCGUCUCCUGCCUGGUCAACUACAUCAUUUCAACUAGCAAUGACCCGGACACUGACCACAACGUGAUGGCUUAUCUCACUACGUGGGCUUAUAUAGUUUUAGUCCUUCAUUUCCAUUUGGCGGCCAUCAUUACUUGCUAUUGGACUUACAAACGAUAUCGAGGCGACAUAGAUGUUUCUAACUACACUACCGUCAUUGCGAGGUCUCGUUUACGUAAGGAUGGCAGAGUUAAACCACCACCGCCUCCCGCUGCCGUUCAACUAACGGCUUCUUCCACGAUAGGCGAUGUAUUAGACCGGCCAGUCCUAGAAACGCAAGAAAGUGUCGAAUCGGCCGUCUUUAUCGAAAAUACUGAUCAAACCACUUGGUAUAUGAAACUGUCUUGGAUGUUCUAUAAUAUAACGUUCGUUUCAGCGAUUGUGGUCACGUUGGUGUUUUUUGGUGCUGUCUACCCGAACUUGAGUCCUGAGGACCGGAAAGCGGCGCUAGGAAUUUCGUUUGAGGACCUCAGUGUCCAUGGUCUUAAUACUCUUUUAGUAUUAAUGGAGGUUGCCCUGUCUGCUUACCCGGUUCGCCUGCUUCACGCUCUCUAUCCAAUUCUUUACGGCCUUCUUUAUAUGAUUUUUAAUAUUAGUUAUUGGUCUUUCGAUAUGAAGCACAAUAUUAUCUACGAAGGGAUGCUCGACUGGAACCACCCAAUUCGGUGUCUGAUUCUUGUUGUUGCCCUUGUUUUCUUUGUGACGCCACUUCUUCAAAUUGUUCAUUUUCUCUUUUACAAACUGCGUGACACCGUUUUUAAUAGGACCUCAAGACAGGAUUCAAUCAGUACGAUCAAUACCGGUGACGUAUGA